AUGUCUAGUUCUUCCGUCAACGAACCACCGCAUGAUAAGGAGGAGAAGGUCGUGUCUAUCUCUCCGUUGUGUCCAUUAUCAUCGUUGCCAUACGAGGUGGCUCUAAGCUGCCUGGCUCGACUCUCAAGAUCCGACCACGUAGCUUUAUCUCUGGUCUCAAAGAGAUACCACUCUCUCGUACUUUCCCUUGAGUUCUACAAUAUCCGAUCCCUAAUGGGUCGCACCGAGAAGUACCUCUACGAAUGCUUACGUACGCACUACGACUCAAUCCCACGAUGGUACAUCCUCCGCCGUGAAAAACCUAACUCUCGGCUGAUUCCGUACCUUUGUUCCCCUCUCAUCGUUUCCAACUUUCAUCCGUCGUGGUUCUAG